AUGUCUAAUUCAGCACAAAGGAAACCUAAGAUUAUUAGAACACUUGGGUCCUCUUCACUAAGUGGUUUAAAUCCACUGUCUAGUAAUAACAAUAGUAUCUCUUCCAUUGUACAAUCACCAUCUGCUGGCAAUGUAUAUACACCUGCUUCUUCAACUGUCACACCAAAUUCUAAUAGCUUAAUAGUAGAACCAAGAGGACAACACGAAUCUAGUAUCACUGCUGCUACACUUACAUCUACUAGUGAUACUAUCUCCACCACUAACAAUAAGAAUAGCAACACCUUAUUAAAUGCCACUAAUCCCCAAGAGUAUGCUAAGAGAUCAAUUUCUCCCCCUACUUUAGGCACACCUAUUUCUACUACAAGUGGUGUGAACAGUAAUGUUAGGGUGGCUCAAGCUUGUGAUAGGUGCAGGUCUAAAAAAACACGGUGUGAUGGGAAGAGACCGCAAUGCUCACAAUGUGCUGCUGUUGGGUUUGAAUGUAAAAUAAGUGAUAAACUGAGUAGAAGGGCAUUCCCCAGGGGAUAUACCGAGACUUUAGAAGAAAGGGUGAGGGAGUUAGAAACCGAAAAUGCCAGGCUUUUAGGGAUUUGCGACUUGAAGGAACAACAACUAUAUGAAACACAUAAAAAGUAUACAUCCCCUGUAAAUACCAAUUCCACUUGUUCCGAUACCGGUACCCACAGUGAUAGUGCACAUCACUUUAACACUAAGAAUGACACAGAUAAUAACAAAAACCAGAAUCAAAAUUAUGAAAAUGUUAUCGGUAAUAGGUUACCAAGAAGGGCUUCUCUAUGCAAUAUAAAUUCUGUUUUGCUAAAUAAAACAAUAAAACAAGAUGAAAAGGCUGUAAAAGACCAUUAUGAAAAUAUCAAGGCUAAAUCUGGAAAAAACAUUGGAUAUGGCCAUGAUGGAAACAAAAUGGAGGAUUACAACUAUAACAAAGAGGAAAGCAAAAAUGAAAUUUUAAAGAACAUCACAAGAAGUUCGACUCCAGCCAUUGAUGAUCCAGACGAACGUAAUGCUUUACAUGAGGUUCCAGUUGGUGCUUCUACCUCUAAUUAUGAUCCAACUGCAAUUUCAUUUGAACCAAAAGAAGCACCAGGGUUGCCGACUGUAAAAGCUUUAACGAAUAUGGCGCAUCACGAAAAAAGUAUUCAAUUGGCCACUUUGGUAUCCUUGUCUGUUCCAAGAUCUACUGAUGAAGUGUUAUUCAUUCCACAAUUGUUGGCCAAAAUUGGACAAACGUAUGGAUUUACGUCAAAACAGUGUUUAUAUACUGCAUCAUUGCUAGCUAGUUUAAAGGAGAACUUUGAGCCAGCAGCAUCAUUGGUUGGUGUACCCAUUGCCAAUGAAAAUUUGUGGGAUAUUGAUGAUUUACCCAAUUUUUUCUCAGAAGUUUUGAAGUUAAAUAAUGCUGUAACUUUAAUUGAAAUACAUCAUUUAUGCGACGUGUAUUUCCAGAAUUGGCAUAGCACUAUUCCAGUUCUAGGUAAGCAGCAAUUUUAUCAGCAUCUAGAAAAGUUUGAACAUGAUAUAACUACCGUAGACUUGCAGAAUUUGAGUAACUUGCCUAAAUCAUCUACUUUAAGUUACAAAAUAUUUGCUUCAUUGUUAGUAGUUUUAUUACAGAUGGGUAUCCUGUCUAUUUUGAAAAAGGAAAAUAUUUCUGAGUUAGAUUUACUUAACAUUAAAAAUAAUAAGGAGCUUUCUGAAAAGGAACAGUUGAUUAAAAAAUAUCUAAGCUUAUCUGAACAUUAUAAUAAAGUUUUGAAACAGCUAGUUGCAAACCCAUAUUUUACGGCUAAAACUACGUCUAUGCCAUCUUUGCAGUUUUUAACUAUAGCCUUCUAUUAUUUUACCAAUGUUGGUGAUAUUCCAACAAUUUAUGAUUUGAGGGGGAAAGUUUGUUCCAUGUCUCAACAAUUGAGAUUGCAUAGAUGUCCAUCUGUUGUAUUAGGUUUGAAUGGUUCUACUUUGGAUAAUGAACAGCAGAGUGAUAGAAGAUUUUUGUUUUGGGCCAUCUAUGUGUUGGAUGUUUUUUCUUCGUUUCAGUUAGGAGUUCCUAGAUUUUUAAAAGAUCAGGACAUUGAAUGCGCUUUACCUAUAAAUGAAGAAGAAGAAGAGGAAGAGGAAGAGGAAGAAGAAAAAGCGCAGCGGAAACAACCAGGUAUUUAUUAUGGAUUUAAAUUGCAAGGACAUGCUACUGCAUUUUCUUUAAGUAUUAUUAGAUUUUCCAAAGUUUUGGGGAAUGUGUUGGAUACAAUUUUUAAAAGACAAAUGUCUUAUGUUGCAAAAAAAGUUUCCUUAAUACAUGAAAACGCACUAGACAAUUGGAGGAGAGGGUUAGCACCGCAUUUACAAUUCAGCAUUGAUGUGAAUGGGACUAUUAAUAUGGACGAGUUUAUACAGCAGAAAAGCUCAUCAAGUUCAAUUUACUCUAAGGAACAAUUAGUGUUGAUGACUUUAUAUUUUUUGUGUAAAUGUAUUAUACAUUUACCCGUAGUUGCUAUUAAGAAAUUAGAUCAAAAUGAAACAUCCAUUAUAGAUAAUGGUAUAAAUAGGACAUCGUCUUCAUAUAUCAUAUUACAGCAAUCUUGUAAUACAUUAUUGCACGUAGUUUCGUUUUUCAAAAAUUAUUAUUUGCCCUUACCAGUAAUACUAUCACAAACGAUUGUAAGAUUUUCUUUGGUUGCGGCUAGAAGGGCGCUCGAUUAUGCUAAAGGGGGUGCAUUAUUUCAAGAUAUGAAAGCUCUAUUAUUAGAGUUGACCAAAAUGUUAUUAGAUGAUAGGAAAGUUGGGAUACCUGGUUGCUUAUCGUGGUACACGAUGAAACUACAUGAUAUUUGUAUCCAGUUGUUACUACAACCAUCUAAUUUGAAACCAGACAAGUUGGAGAAGUUGCUGUUGAAAACAACAAACAUCUAUGAUAAAUUUUUGGGUAAGUCAUCGUUAAGGAAAAGAAAGCAGCAAGAUAAUAAAUUGAGUAAUAUCAAUACAAAAGUAAAGAAACAAUGUGCAAAUAAUACUAGGGGUAAUACAGAUCUCACAAGUGGUACAGAGAUUAAUACUUCUAGAGCUAAUGAUAGCGUGAAUAUUUGUAGUGCAUUAAAAGGUAAAGCUGUUAUAAAAGAUAAACCAAAAAUAUCUGAUAAUUCAAGCAAUAUUUCGAAUAAUAUUCUUGACAAUAACAUUAAUUUGAUUAGUGAAGCUUUCCAAAUGGAUCCAGUUUUAAGUAUGAAUGAUUUAAGUCAAUUUUUCCAGCAACAACUUCAAAGUGGUGGGAAAAAUAGUAACCUUGUGAAUAAUCCUAUUAACAAUACUACUGGUACUACUAAUAUUAGCAAUAAGAAUAAGAUCAAGGAUGUUCAAAAUUUGGACGUUUCUAUUAAUAACAACAAGGAGGAUGUUAAAAGUCCUAAUGUUAUGGUGAGCAAAGAUAAUGGAGGCGGUGGCAAACAUAUGAAUAAUGAUAAUGACGAUAACACUUCUUCUACACUUAACGGUGAGUCGAGUUUUACUAAUUUGGCAGGACUUUUCACUGUUCCCAGUAAUGGUGAUUUUUUAAAAGAAUUUAUGCGGCCCACAUCGAAUAAUAUUAGUAAUGGUAAUAAUACCGGCCUGAAUAGCAAUACAGGAUCACAGCUGAAUUUAAUAAGUUUAUUAAAUACAGGGCAUGGUAAACCUGGUACAAUUUUUCCCGGAUUAGUUAACGUUAAUAUUAAUGAUGAGAGGAACAAGCCAAACAUUUUGUAUUCCCAUACGAUGAGCAAUUCUGUUGAUGUUGAUAGUAGUAAUAAUAAAAAAAUAAACAAGAACACUGGUGGCAAAGUUAUUAACAGUACAGACAACAAUAACAAUACUAAUGCCAAUUCAAAUCCAUUAAUGUUUUCGGUUGAUGCUUCGCUAGGUUUGGCACCAUUGUUAGAGUUAACACCAGAUUUUUUCAGUCCCGCAUCGCCCGGUUUUAAUCAUUUAGCUACUGCCGCUCUUAGUACUACAGUUGAUGACAAUGUCAAUCAGAAUAAUAAUUAUAAUUAUAAAAUGAAUGAUAAAUGCACAAACUGUUUUCCUGUCAAUAAAAACAAUGGGAUAUUAACAAAUAAUAAUAAAAGUGGGGAUGGAGUUGAAGAUAAGGGGAUGAAGAUAGCAAAUAAUGCUGGUAAUAGCAGGAAAAAAAAGGUAGGAAAUAAAUAUCAGCAAGAAGAUCAAAUUGCAUUAAAUAAUAUUAUAAGAAAUAAUGAAGUACCGAUGGUUCAUUCUUUGAGUAUGUCCUCUGUAGAGAAAAAUCAUAAAAACAAAAACCAUAGGGGACCAAGAAGAAGGAUGAGUUUAGCGGUUUCCUCUACUUCAGGAUCAACGGCGACCGAUGGAAAUGGGAAUAAUAUAGGUGGAACAAUUGAAAAACAAGAGAGUAUUACUGAUUUAUUCAGCUGGAAACAUUAG